UUAGUCCGCCAUUUUGUGGUUGUUCUAAAUACGCAUUGGCGUGCGUCACUUCAUGUGGAUUUUCGUAAAAUAAUCAGUAAAGAUAGACUUGUGUAGUUGACAAUUUCUUUGAAACUUGUAAUAAAGUGAGCGCGAUGGAAAACAACCAAAGGGAAAAGGAAAGAGAUCGUUCGCGACGCGGCGACCGGCCAUCCAGAUUUUCAGAUGCGACACGAGACCGUUCCAAUGAACGCGGAGGCGACCGCACCGAUGGGAAACGUUUGUUUGUGUCUAACAUUCCAUACGAGUUCCGCUGGACGGAAUUAAAAGACCUUUUCAAAGAGAAGGUUGGUGAUGUGGCAUUUGUGGAAUUAUUCCAUGAUGAAAAUGGUAAGCCUAGGGGAUGCGGAGUGGUCGAGUUCACUAAUUCAGAAGCAAUGAAGAAAGCUCUUUUUGUCAUGCACAGAUAUGAGUUGAAUGGAAGAAAGCUUGUCUUGAAAGAAGAAACUGGUAACGAGAGAAGCAGAUUGAACUCUUCAAGGUCAGGUGGUGGAGGAGGUGGUGGUGGCAGGAAUGCCAGGGAUGAAAAAGAUGGUUGGGGAGUCAACAAACAAAGGGAGCCAGAGAACUUCAACACAUAUGGGCUUAGUCUCCAGUUCCUCGAGUCCAUCAAUGUGCAACCUCCACUAGUGAAGAAAGUUUUUGUGGCUAAUCUGGAUUACAAAGCUGACCGUGCAAAGAUAAAGGAAGUAUUCAAAAUGGCGGGCAAAGUUCGGAACAUAGAUCUGGCGGUGGACAAAGACGGCAACAGUAGAGGAUUUGCCGUCAUUGAAUACGACCAUCCUGUUGAAGCUGUACAGGCAAUAUCAAUGUUCGACAAACAAACCCUUUAUGAAAGACGUAUGACAGUCAGAAUGGACAGAGGUACUGAUAAAUCUGAGCCAAAAUUACCCGACGGCCUUAAAGGCAUUGGAUUAGGUUUGGGACCAAAUGGAGAACCGUUGAGAGAUGUGGCAAGAAAUCUACCACAGACAGCUACUCCUAGUAACUUGGGGCUGGCGAACACAACAUCGACGAUAGGCGCUGGAGUUCUGGGGGCCGUACCUGCAGCAGCUAGCGUCGCUUUGAACGGUCUUGGUACCGGGUUAUCUGCUAGUACUCUUAACACUAAUACCGCGUUGGGUGGAGGCUUAGGAUUGCAGGCACUAGGACUGACUGGUCUAGGUGCUCUCCAAAACCAACUACUCCAGCAAGGUCUAACAGCUAACGACCUAGCCACUAUGAUCCAGGCACAAGCUCAAGCCAAUGUGAACACUGCAAACUUGGGCCUUGGCAAUUCAGAUUUGACCUCGAACGUUUUAGGCAACAGUGGAUUAACCAACAGUGUCCUGGGAGCAAAUAGCGCAAUGAACUCGGGCCCGUUAUCAGUGGCGAGUCAAGGGUACGGACGUGAACCACCCGUACAACAAUCUAAUAGAGAUAAACCAUCUGAUAUGGUUGUAAUUACGAAUUUACCACCCACUGUGACUUGGCAACUGAUCCGCGAGAAAUUCAGCGAGUGUGGCGAUGUAAAAUUCGCAGAGAUGACAGCCCCCGACACAGCUAUCGUUCGCUUCCACCAGGAAUGGGACGCAGAGAGGGCUAUCAAAAUGUUUGACAGAACCCGCAUUGAUGGCAGGACAAUCGACGUACGUUUCUUCUGAACGCCGUAACGCCGGCAUGUAUCGUAUUCAAGUCGGUCUGUUGCGCGGUUUGUAUAAACUUGGGCAGCCUGGAUAGAAAACUGCUUUUAUCUUCGUCUUUAUUGUGGCUUGUUUAAUGUUCUGUUUCCAUUUGGUUGACAUGCUCUACCGAUUUAAUGUAUCCUAAGUUAAUUAGCAUAAGUGUCUUAAUGUUUGCUGUACUUUCAAAUGAUAAAGCUUCAAUAAAUUCUAUUCAAAAGGUCAAAACUCGUCUUGAAAUUGCUUGUUGGAAACACCUUAACUGCUACGUGAUUUGUGCAUUACAGUUUUUUAGGUAAAGUAUCGAACGUUGUGACUUCUGUUUCGUCUGACAACGUGGUAUUAUUAUGGUUUAUUCACGUGUCAAACGAAUCGACAUCUUGACAUUGUUACAAAUUUUGAUCCAGGAAUCUAAAAUUGUAGUAACAAAAUGUAUUCGGACUUUCGUAUACCUAUACUUAGGUAUUAUACAUCACAUUUGUAAAUAUUGGAUGUUUGUUCCAUGAUGUUCAUCAUGCUUAGAUGCUGAAUACAUAGACUCCACUCGGCCCUUAUUGCGCGUCGUUUCAUAAAUUGUUAGUCCGACAGAGUUACAAAGAAGGUAUAUGUAGGUUCUUUAUAAACCAAUAUAGUAUAUAGUAUGUACAUACCUAAUCAGUGUAAACAGGUUUCCGUGUUACGAUAAUUGUGCAAGUCCUGCAGUGCUGAAGUAAUUUUUAAGCGGUCAUUCCUGUCCUUAUCGGUUGCAAUGAUUGCUACAACGCAAUUGUAGGUAUCGCUACUUUGCGAGUGUAUAACUCACGAUUAACCUCGAUGCGGUCAUGUGCAAUUACGGUCUAGGAGAAUGAGGUUUUUGUAAUUUGUUUAAAAUUCCGAGAAGUUAGAAUUGAUGUAGAUAAUAUAUUUUGAUAAAAUGUUAUCAGCAGACUGACUACCGUAAUAAGUGUAAUAAUUGUUUAGUGGUCUGAACUAAUCUCAUAUUAUUUUAAAGAUAUUGCAAUUGUAAGUGUGAUUCGCUUGAUUUUGGGGCUAUUUUGAAUAGUAGAAUAUCAAUUUUCUUUUCAUCAUCACACAAAUUGUAACUUUUCUCCACGGGCUACACUGCGACAUACUUUUGCCACAAAGAGGACAGUCUCGUGGGAUCUGUAGGCGACCAUCGCGACAAAUCUUGCACAUCACCAGAUUUUCGAAGCAGAAGUUUAGUUCAUCAGGCUCAAGAGGUUUUCCCUGGAUGAAGAGUCUUGGUCAUCAUUUGCACCUUUUUCGAUGUGGGCUUGAUGACUCUAUUCUCUACAUAUUUUCGUGUGGUAAGUUUUGUAGCACUCGACUUGUUACUUUAUCAUUGAAUUUGCAUGGGGUUUUCGGUGGUAUUUGAGUUUAUUGUCUGACGAUCUUGGAUACCGGACAUUCUGCGUAAAAUGACAGUCGAAUACUUUGGACCCAAACACAUCACCAGCGACGCGACGUAGCAACAACUUUUUGACUUGCAUUCGCAUCAUGUCGCGUCGCUUUGAUGUGUGUAGCCUUUGCUAUUCGAUUGGAGUUCUAAUUUUACUCAUUUGAAAGUCUUAUUGUGGAGGAGUGGAAUUAUUGCAAUAGAUCUGGUAAUUUGUUGUGCGGAAGUUUUUUGUAAUAUGUAGGUACCAUUUUCUGGGUUCGCACGUUUUAUCUUGAAGGCAGUCUUUUCGAAGUAGUGUGGUU